CCGUAUCUCGUCCAGUUUCUUGUAUGAUCACAACACCCACACCUGACACCUAAUAUCAUGUCAGGACUACAGGAAGCACUGGGAAUGAGUAAUUACCAAUUUUCUAUGGCACUGACGAUCACUUUUGUGCCGUACAUCGCAGCCGAGAUUCCGACUAGCUUGGUGUUGAAGCGAGUCGGCGGAAAUGUGAUGAUACCGCUUCUGGUCACGAUUUGGGGCAUCGUGACGACAUUUCAAGGCUUUCUGACAAGCUAUAAAGCGUUGUUGGCCACGAGGUUCCUCUUGGGAGCUGUGGAGGGGGGGAUAUAUCCUGCCAUCGUGCUAUACCUAUCGAAUUUCUACAAGAGAGAAGAGUUACAGAUACGAAUCGCAAUAUUUUCAUCAUCAGCAUCCCUUUCAGGUGCCCUAUCAGGCCUUUUGGCAUACUGGUUGGUCAAAAUGGACGGCAUACGUGGAAUACCUGGAUGGGGAUGGAUUUUCAUUAUUGAAGGCAUUUUCACCACUUUAUUCGGACUUUUUGGGUUUCUAGUAUUUCCACUGUCCCCAUCAACUUGCCGUUUUUUAAGUGCAAAGCAGAGGAAGAUUCUGGCUAUGCGAAUCGAGAAAGACCAACCAAGUUCUGCCGCAGAACAAGAGGAAAAAUUCUCUUGGGGUCAAGUUGGGAAGGCCUAUAAGAGCCCACACGUUCUAUUGACUUCGCUGGCUCUGUUUAUGAUUGGUACCAAUCUAUACAGCUUGGCUUAUUUUCAGCCAACUAUUAUACAUUCCAUGGGUUAUUCGAGCUCAUAUACACAGCUCAUUUCUGUUCCACCAUUCGCCGUCGGGUUCGUUGCGAUGAUAUUGACCUCGUAUCUUUCGGACCGCUUCCGAGCCCGAGGACUCACUGCCAUACUUUGUUCAAUCGUUGGAUUACUCGGAUAUGUUCUUUUUUACCUCAAUCCCACUCAGCACAGCCGCUAUAUCUCACUCUUUUUAUCUACUGCGGGUAUCUACUCUGUGUCCCCUACCCUCUAUGCAUGGUUGGCGAACAAUAGUACGCCUCACUAUCGCAGAGCAGCCGCAAUAGCCCUCGGACCUGUCUCUGCAAACUCUGGAGGGAUCCUCUCCACCUGGCUAUUCCCCUCUUCUGAGGAGCCAGACUAUCGCACAGGGAUCACUGUCAACCUGGUUUUUUCGGGAGCCAUAAUCAUUAUCUGUAUGAUCAAUCUUGCUUGGCUGAGGUACAUGAACAGUUUGAAAAAGAAAAAAGAACAAGGUUUUAGAAGGCAAAUUGAUGGAGGACAGUCUUUUGAGACUUCUGUGUUGGCUUGGGAAGUACUUGGAGAUCGACAUCCAGAGUUCAUUUAUGCAUACUAGACUUGAUCUAGAAACUUUGAGAUUUUUUUAGCUAGUUAUCUUUUUUCACUCAUUUCCUGUAGAAGGGCUCUCUUGAGCUUGCAUAAAUUAGAAGAUUGGACUCAUGAGUCUAGAUUUGCUCCAUUCUCACCAAGCAACAAAUUUACGUGGUUUAAGCGACCACAACCAAUUAU